CGCAGCGACUAUUGUGAUGUUAGAUGUUCUAUCCCGCCAAAGCUACUUAGGUUGCUAUAAGCACUUUUAGGUUCCCAAUUCUGUCGAAUUUAAAAAAGUUACUCAAUCGAUCCCGCCAAACCUACUCAAACCAGAGGCGGACAUCCUGGGGAAGUACUAUAUUUUCUCCUCACUGAAAAGACCUAAACUAGAAAUAUUAAGAUAUUACUACAGUAGUACUCUAAGAAGAAGAAGACGACGAAGAUGUUACACGAGCUUCUCUUAGCACUAGUAGGGUAUACCGGAGAUCUUAUCAUAGACGAAAGAGAGCAUCAAGAAUCAUUAGGUAUUUCUGUAACUACUGAUUCUCCAAUCUCCGAGGAAUCUACUUUCAAACUUGCUCCUGAUCUUUCUUUCAUUGAAGCUUCUGAAAGGGAUGUUAUUGAGAGGUUAAUUUCCUUAGGGUUUUACUAUCGGGAGCUUGACCGGUUUGCUACAAAGUCUCGUGAUUUAAGUUGGAUUCGUUCUACAAAUAAUACUCCUUCUUUACCACAACAGCUUGUGCUUUUAAGAGGGAAAACAAAGAACCCAAGUGUGUAUCGUAGAGCCAUUGCUAAUGGUAUUGUCGAGAUCUUAUCAGUUUAUAGAUCCGUUGUUUUAAAUGUUGAGCAGAAAUUGUUGUCAGAUCCUAUGCCGAUUUUGGCAACUAUAACUCAAGGUCUAAACAAGUUUUUUGUGCUUUUGCCUCCUCUUCAUGAGCUUAUUGUGGAGAUUGAGCGUGAUGAUAUUCGAGGAGGAAAGCUUCUUAACCUUUUGCACAAACGAUGCCAUUGUGGGGUACCAGAGUUACAAGCAUGCUUUCAAAGGCUUCUUUGGCACGGACAUCAGGUUAUGUAUAAUCAACUUGCGUCCUGGAUGAUACAUGGAAUAAUUCAAGAUCAACAUGGAGAGUUUUUCAUUAGAAGGCAGGAGGACAUGAUUAUAGGAAAUGAGGAAUCACCUCCAGAAAACUUUGGCAAGUCUGUGCAAAAAUCACCCGAUGAUGCAUCAUUGACUGAUUGGCAUUUGGGAUUUCAUAUUUUCCUGGAAAUGUUACCAGAUUACAUCCAUAUGCGUGUUGCAGAGUCGAUACUUUUUGCUGGUAAGGCAGUAAGGGUUUUACGAAACCCAAGUCCUUCUUUCAAAUGUCAGGAUGUGGUUUCACAUCAACCGGUAUCUCGGGGACCACAGAAGGUUCAAGGGUUUACAGGACGAUUUGCUUUUCAUAAGGAGUUUUCUGUUGAUACGAAGAUGGUAGUAGAAGAAUUAUUGCCACAGGCUGAGGCUGACAAAGUUGAUGCUAUGCUUAAAAAGCUCAAGGAUUCGUCUGAGUUCCACAAAAGGUCAUUUGAGUCUGCCGUUGAUGCUGUCCGUGUUAUUGCUGCCAGUCAUUUAUGGCAGCUUGUUGUUGUACGUGCGGACUUGAAUGGUCACCUGAGAGCCCUUAAAGAUUAUUUCCUGUUAGCAAAAGGAGAUUUUUUUCAGUGUUUUCUUGAGGAGAGUCGCCAGUUGAUGCGUCUACCACCUCGACAGUCUACCGCGGAAGCCGAUCUUGUGGUACCAUUUCAGCUGGCUGCAAUAAAGACUAUAGGCGAUGAAGACAAGUACUUCUCGAGAGUAUCUUUAAGGAUGCCUUCAUCAGGAAUCACAGUCGCAUCUUCCCAAGGGGGUCUGUUGCCGAAAUCUAGCGGGGAUGUAGGUCUCACAUAUCAAGGGACUGCUUCUUCAGAGCUUUCUUUAGAUGGAUGGGAUGGUAUUUCUCUUGAAUAUUGUGUGGAUUGGCCUUUGCAGCUGUUCUUCUCACAAGAAGUUCUCUCCAAGUAUCGCCGAGUAUUCCAGUAUUUGCUCAGGCUUAAAAGAACACAAAUGGAGUUAGAGAAAUCUUGGGCUUCAGUAAUGCACCAAGAUCACACGGAUUUUGCAAAACGUCGAAAUGAUCGGGAAAACUGCUCCAUAUCCCAGCAGCGGCGGCAACGUUCCAGACCAAUGUGGCAUGUGAGGGAGCAUAUGGCUUUCCUUAUAAGAAAUCUGCAGUUCUAUAUCCAGGUCGAUGUCAUAGAAUCUCAGUGGAAUGUUCUGCAAGCUCGUGUUCAAGAUUCUCAUGAUUUUACUGAACUUGUGGGAUUUCACCAAGAAUACUUAUCUGCUCUGAUUUCACAAUCUUUUCUGGACAUUGGAUCUGUGUCGAGGAUACUCGAUAGUAUAAUGAAACUUUGCCUGCAGUUCUGCUGGACCAUUGAAUCCGAAAACAGUCCACACUCAAGUGACCUAGACCAUAUAACCGAGGAAUUUAACAAGAAAUCAAACUCGUUAUACACGAUAUUGCGCAGUAGUAGGCUUGCUGGGAGUCAACGAGCUCCAUUUUUGAGAAGAUUUCUCUUACGUCUGAAUUUCAAUUCCUUCUUUGAGACAACUGCAAGAGGAGUGUUGAACGUUGUUAGAUCACGCCCAACCCUCCCUGAUCUACCUCAGUAAUUAGUCGGUUGUCUGCCAUGGAAGAAAAUGUGCAUAUCAAGGAUGCUUUUAUCUUAUUCCGUUUUAUUUGUGGUGUGGGUAAUAAUGUAUAUUAGGGAAUGACCCGUGCCGUAAUAGCACAGGCUAUUUCACACAGUUUUAAGCUUCUUCCUUUAUCUUUUGUUUGUGUUUAUGUCAAGUAAGGUUGUAAAAAUUCUGUGUUUAUUUUUUGAAGCAUAUGUGUUUUGUUUAUGUUAUCCGUGUCAUUAUUUCACCGUGUACUCGACAUCUGCAUAUCAGAUAUAUAUGUGAGUUGGUA